CCGGCAGCUAUAAAGCGGUGGCGCGGGGCUCAGGCUGAAGUUGCAGCAUUUGUCACACCCAGAGCCCGACCAUGGAGCCUCCGCUGCCCACGCCGAUGCUACUGCUGUUGCUGCUGCUGCUCUCCAGUUCCGCCGCGCUCCCUGCACCUCCCAGGACCCCAAGACACUCAGACGGAAUGUUCACCAGCGAGCUCAGCCGCUUGCAGGACAGUGCCAGGCUGCAGCGCCUGCUGCAGGGUCUGGUGGGGAAGCGCAGGACACAGAAAAUAUCCCAGAGAACAGCCUGGCCCGGUCCAAGCCCUUAGAGGACCAGCUCUGCUUGCUGUGGUCGAACACUCAGACCCUACAGGACUGUCCCCUCUCCUUCCACAGGCUUCUGCCCAGGCUGUCCCUGGAUGGGUCCCUGUCUCUCUGGCUGCCUCCUGGACCAAGGUCUGCUGUUGAUCGUUCAGAGUGGACUGAAACAACCAGGCCACCCAGAUGAGGGAGGAAGAGUCUCUAGGACCCUGGCUGGAGUAGGGAUUGGUUGUCCUUGGCAUCAAUAAAAAA